AUGAGUUCAACCACGGGGUCAUGUGAGGCGCUCUGCUACUGCCUGGAGGAAACUCCCUUCGGGUGGUUGGCACUGCUGGGUUCGGCGGGCGGACUGCGCCGGGUCAGCCUGCAACCGGAGCCGCAAGAAGCCCUGGAUGGCCUGGGCGAUGCGGUGAACGGCGCCGAGGGUAAUCCGGCCGUCUUCGCAAAGGCGCUGGUUGCGUUCAGGGAAUACUUUGCGGGCAACGUCAUAGCGCUGGAUGGGAUUCCGCUAGAUCUCUCCAAUGCUUCGCCGUUCUUCGGGGCGGCCUGGGCCGCUUGCCGCGGCAUACCAGCGGGCGAAACACGUUCCUACCAGUGGCUGGCAGAGGCCGCCGGGAACUCCAAAGCCUCUCGCGCCGCCGGCCAGGCGAUGGCCAGAAACCCCUUCCCCCUGAUCAUUCCGUGCCACCGGGUGGUGGGCAGCACCGGAAGCCUGCACGGUUACGGCGCCGGCGGCAUCGGCGUGAAAGCGCGCCUGCUGGAAAUGGAGCGGCAGCAGGGGACGAUGCUCUAA